AUGCAGGAAGAUUGCAAGGUUAAACUUGCAAAUAUGAAAAGCUAUUAUGAAGAGGAAAUUAAAAGAAUAAAUAUGAUAUGGCAAGAAGAACGAGAAUCAAUCCAAAACAAAAUAAGAGAAGAGCAUAAAGCUAAAAUUAAAAACUUGCAAAAUAAAUACAACGAUAAUAUGUACAAUUUAAAAUCAACAUUACUUGAAGAGAAGAAAGUAAUAGAGCGAGAUAUACAAGAAGACUGCAAAAUUAAACUAGCAAACACAAAAAACCAUCAUGAAGACGAAAUUAAGAGGAUAAAUAGACUAUGUGAAGAAGAGAAAGAGUUAUUAAAGGAAAACUUACAUAAUGAAUAUCAAGUUAAACUCUACGAUACUCAAAACCGUCAUGAAUUAGAGCUAAACGAGAUGAAAGCAUCAUGGCAGAAAGAGAAAGAAUUAUUAAAGGAAAACUUACAUAAUGAAUAUCAAGUUAGACUCUGCGAUACUCAAAACCGUCAUGAAUUAGAGCUAAACGAGAUGAAAGCAUCAUGGCAGAAAGAGAAAGAAUCGAUCCAGAUAGAAAUAAGAGAAGAGCAUGAAGCUAAAAUUAAUAACUUACAAAAUAAAUACAACGACAAUAUGUACAAUUUAAAAUCAACAUUACUUGAAGAGAAGAAAGUAAUAGAGCGAGAUAUACAAGAUUACAAAAUCAAAUUAGUAAACACAAGAAACCAUCAUGAAGACGAAAUUAAGAGGAUAAAUAGACUAUGUGAAGAAGAGAAAGAAUUAUUAAAAGAAAACUUACAUAAUGAAUAUCAAGUUAGACUCUGCGAUACUCAAAACCGUCAUGAAUUAGAGCUAAACGAGAUGAAAGCAUCAUGGCAGAAAGAGAAAGAAUCGAUCCAGAUAGAAAUAAGAGAAGAGCAUGAAGCUAAAAUUAAUAACUUACAAAAUAAAUACAACGACAAUAUGUACAAUUUAAAAUCAACAUUACUUGAAGAGAAGAAAGUAAUAGAGCGAGAUAUACAAGAUUACAAAAUCAAAUUAGUAAACACAAGAAACCAUCAUGAAGACGAAAUUAAGAGGAUAAAUAGACUAUGUGAAGAAGAGAAAGAAUUAUUAAAAGAAAACUUACAUAAUGAAUAUCAAGUUAAACUCUGCGAUACUCAUAACCGUCAUAAAUUAGAGCUAAACGAGAUGAAAGCAUCAUGGCAGAAAGAGAAAGAAUCGAUCCAGAUAGAAAUAAGAGAAGAGCAUGAAGCUAAAAUUAAUAACUUGCAAAAUAAAUACAACGACAAUAUGUACAAUUUAAAAUCAACAUUACUUGAAGAGAAAAAAGUAAUAGAGCGAGAUAUACAAGAAGAUUACAAAAUCAAAUUAGUAAACACAAGAAACCAUCAUGAAGACGAAAUUAAGAGGAUAAAUAGACUAUGUGAAGAAGAGAAAGAGUUAUUAAAGGAAAACUUACAUAAUGAAUAUCAAGUUAAACUCUACGAUACUCAAAACCGUCAUGAAUUAGAGCUAAACGAGAUGAAAGUAUCAUGGCAGAAAGAGAAAGAAUCGAUCCAGAUAGAAAUAAGAGAAGAGCAUGAAGCUAAAAUUAAUAACUUGCAAAAUAAAUACAACGACAAUAUAAACAACUUAAAAUCAACAUUACUUGAAGAGAAAAAAGUAAUAGAGCGAGAUAUACUAGAAGAUUACAAAAUCAAAUUAGUAAACACAAGAAACCAUCAUGAAGACGAAAUUAAGAGGAUAAAUAGACUAUGUGAAGAAGAGAAAGAAUUAUUAAAGGAAAACUUACAUAAUGAAUAUCAAGUUAAACUCUGCGAUACUCAAAAUCGUCAUGAAUUAGAGCUAAACGAGAUGAAAGUAUCAUGGCAGAAAGAGAAAGAAUCGAUCCAGAUAGAAAUAAGAGAAGAGCAUGAAGCUAAAAUUAAUAACUUACAAAAUAAAUACAACGACAAUAUAAACAACUUAAAAUCAACAUUGCUUGAAGAGAAGGAAAAUGUGGUCAGACAGAUGUUAAUAGAUUGCAAGAUUAGAAUUACAAAUUUACAAAAUCAAAAUAAAGAAGAAAUAAGUAAGAUGCAAUGGUCAUGGCAGAAAGAAAAAGAAGAUAUAAGAAGCAAAUUAGUUAAAGAUUGCCAAACGAAAUUAACUAGCGUGCAAAAUCAGCUUGAAGAAGAUAUUAAUAGUUUAAAAUUACAGUGGCAAGUAAAGUUUGAUGAUCUAGAGGAAAGACAUAAUUUAAACCUUCAAGAUCAAUUGCAAAUAUGCCGAUUACAAUAUCAGCAAGAAUUAUUAGAUAUAAAAGCAAAGCAUAACGCAAAUAUUGAACAAUUGAUUAAAGAAAAAGAAAAUAAAUUGUUAGCUUGUCGAGAUGAUUAUAAUCAUAAAAUUCAUGAUCAAGAAGUAGGACAUGACCAAAUUCUGAAGGAAUGGAUGGAUAAAGUUGAAUGUAAUCGUUUGAAUUUCAUUGAGGAG